UGAAACGGCGGGGUAGUCCGAGUGCAGAAGGCAACGCUGCUUCAACUCUCACAUCAUUUAUGCUUCCCUGUCAAACGAAACCGAACGGGUCACCACAGCAGGUCAGGCCAUUCCUGAGCCGAGCAGGAGGUUUGCGUUCUGGCAGCGCGAUUCUCCUGCUGCUUUUAAUUUCCGGGGACACCCCCGCGAUGGAAAAUGCUGCGCGCCUGCCAAGUGGGUUUGAAAAGAUCAGACAAAGGCCGCAGGAAGCCCUCGGGCUGCAGGCGUGAGAGUGAGAGCGAGGAGCUCCGAUGGAGGAGGACGACGAGGGGGUGGGUGCAUUCGUUCAAAAGGAACAACUCCGCGGCCUCCACUUUUUAAUCCCCCCUCCUUCCUCCUCGUCCCGCGAUUUCAAGUAAUACAAGCCUGGGUGGGGAAUGCAUCGGCAGUCGUGCCUUUAGGCUAAGAGCCCAGAGUUUUAAAGCUGCUUUUCUGAUGCGCCGAAGGGUUUUGCAGUUUGAAUCCGACUGCGCAACGAGCAGCAGCAGCAGGAUCACGUGACGCAGUCCCGGGGAUCGCGAAUUGAUCGAUUGGCCCAAAAAAAAUAGGGAGAGACUGAGACAUUGAGAGAGAAAGGGAGAGAGGCCAGUGGGAAAUCAGGUCAAAAAAAUAUGGAGACGCACAUCUCCUGUCUCUUCCCGGAGAUUUUAGCCAUGAUCUUCAGUUAUCUGGACGUGCGGGACAAAGGGCGAGCGGCACAAGUGUGCGCGGCCUGGAGGGACGCUGCUUACCACAAAUCCGUCUGGAGGGGGGUCGAAGCCAAGUUGCAUCUGAGGAGAGCCAACCCUUCCCUGUUCCCCAGCCUGCAGGCCAGGGGCAUCAGGCGGGUGCAGAUCCUCAGCCUGCGCCGCAGCCUCAGCUAUGUGAUCCAGGGCAUGCCCAACAUCGAGAGCCUCAACCUCAGCGGCUGCUACAACUUGACAGACAUCGGCCUGGGACACGCGUUCGUGCAGGAGAUCCCGUCCCUUAACGUGCUGAACCUGAGCCUCUGCAAACAGAUCACCGACAGCAGCCUGGGCAGAAUCGCGCAGUACCUCAAGAACCUGGAGGUGCUGGAGCUGGGCGGCUGCAGCAACAUCACCAACACGGGCCUUCUGCUCAUAGCCUGGGGCUUGCACAGACUCAAGAGCCUAAAUUUGAGGAGCUGCCGGCAUGUCUCGGAUGUCGGCAUCGGCCAUUUGGCAGGCAUGACCAGGAGCGCUGCGGAAGGCUGCUUAAACCUGGAGUAUCUGACUUUACAGGACUGCCAGAAACUCUCGGAUCUUUCCUUAAAACACAUCUCCAAAGGCCUGACCAAGCUCAAGGUUCUCAACCUGAGUUUCUGCGGUGGGAUUUCAGACGCGGGUAUGUUGCACCUAUCACACAUGACCAGUUUGUGGAGUCUCAACUUGAGAUCCUGCGACAACAUCAGCGAUACCGGCAUCAUGCAUUUGGCUAUGGGUAGCUUGAGACUGACCGGUUUGGACGUUUCCUUUUGUGACAAGAUAGGUGACCAGAGCCUGGCUUACAUUGCUCAAGGCUUGUUUCAGCUGAAGUCGCUUUCCCUCUGCUCUUGCCACAUAAGUGAUGACGGCAUCAACAAAAUGGCCCGGCAGAUGCACGAAUUGAGGACCCUAAAUAUCGGCCAGUGUGUAAGGAUUACAGACAAAGGACUGGAGCUCAUAGCUGACCACUUGACCCAGCUCACUGGCAUUGAUCUUUACGGCUGCACAAAAAUCACCAAAAGGGGAUUGGAAAGAAUAACGCAACUUCCCUGCCUGAAAGUUCUUAACUUGGGACUCUGGCAGAUGACUGAAAGUGAAAAAGUAAGGUGAAAAAUUUUGUUUAAAACAAACACUUAAGAAUCGCCUCCAUUGCUGUCAAAACAGGAGUAUUCUGUUGUUUUUAUUCCUCCAAAAAUUAUGACUUUUUAAAAAGUGAUGUUCGUUUUGUUGUAACUUACACGGCAAAUAAUUUCUACACUGUGCUAUCAAAUAAUUUGCAGUACAGUAUUCCCAUCCUUCAACAUGGCUUUCAAUUUCAAAACAAAAAAUAAUUCUGACGGUGGUCACUGUUUCUGGAAUUUGGUUCAUACUUUUUGUUCUGUUGAUAAUAUGCAUAUUGCGGAUAGACACAUUCAAGGCUACCUCGUUUUCUUUUGUGCCCUGAAAUUGAGAAGUUUCACAGUAAAAUCUGUCCUUACAGCAACAUUUCCCCUCCCCGCCUCUGGUCGGUCUACAGCGUUACCCUUUGGACAGAAAACAAAGAUAUAUUUCAAUGAAAGUAAAGUUGGCUGGAAACAUUUUUACAAAUAAUCUAUGAAGCACACAUGACGCUGGUUUUCUUAGACUUGGCUGCACUCAAGUCAAAAACCACCGAACUAUAGUUUUAUGCAAAGGAAACAAAAAAAGAACUGAAGUUGGAAACUAGACGCCUUGAUCUGGCAGCUGUACAGGCUUUUCUUUUCGGUUGAGAUUUACAACAGUUUAUGGGGGGGAAGCUUACUUUCCCCGUCUUUUUAGCAAUGGUUAAAGCCUGUUCUACCUUAAAUAGGGCGACCACGUCAAGUGAAGAAUCAUCGAUUUCCCGAGGAUUGAAUGCCUGUCAGGGCCAUGAUGCAGAGACAGGCAGUUAGUUGCUGAAGGAAAACAAAAUCCUGCUGAUCAACCUAUAUUUGAAUUGUACUGUAUGUGAAUUUGUAAAUGAUACUUAAACGUUUUAUAUUCUUACAGUAAACGUUAAAAAGCUGAUAUUUAUAUAAUAAAGACGGGAAAAUAUGAAGUAUGUUUUGGAAAAAAAGUGUCAGUGCCCCCAUUGUGUGUGAUCAUUUCGAAAAGUACGGUGGUGGAAGUGGGCCAAUGGCGCCUUGUUGUCAGUGACGAGAUGCAGUCGAGGGCAGCUUUGUGGAGCCUCGCUGUGUCUGAUCAGGUUUCCUUUUCACCCGGAUGGCCUUGUUCCUUACACUGGGUACCGUAUUCUCAAACCUCCCGACGAUUCCCGUCGCUUUUUUUUUUAAUAUGUAAGAAUAAAGGGAGUUUGAUGGUCUGGGCGAACCCGACGCUGGCGCUGUAUUGUUGGGCAAAGUUAAAAAGCUACAGCGCUCUCCUUUUCUGCUUGCCUGCUCAUGCAUACCAAAUAGCUUAGUGUUCAGCUCCCUCAGGAUCCUCGUCCUGCCCCCGAGGUUUUUUUUAAAAAGCAUUCUUGUCCAUUUCUGAGUGCGUUUAAUCGGCUUUUCAAGCGGAAAAGAAGGCUGCUCCAAUACUAACUCAGCAGCAGUUUUUUUUUAAAAGAAGUGGGUUGGGAAUAUAUAAUAGUUCUGUGAGUGUGAAUUUUUUUUAAUAACCAUUUUCCCUCCCAGCCCCUCCCCCAAGUUCUAACGAGCAUUUUAACGAUUCCACACUGGCUUUCAGAAUUUUUAAUUCAUGACAGUUGAUUUAAUGAUAUUUUUAAUGUUUUCAACAGACAAGUAGCAUUUUUUUUUUCUU